AGGCUGCUGCGCCCGGUGCCCUGGCAGCCGCAGCCCCGCCCCGCCGCGUCCGGCCCGGUCCUGUCCCGCAGCGUCCCGCCAGCCAGCUCCUUGCACCCUUCCCGGCCGAGGCGCUCCCUGGUGCUCCCCGCGCAGCCAUGGCUCAGCACUUCUCCCUGGCCGCCUGCGACGUGGUCGGAUUCGACCUGGACCACACUCUGUGUCGCUACAACCUGCCCGAGAGCGCCCCGCUCAUUUAUAAUAGCUUUGCCCAGUUCCUGGUUAAGGAGAAAGGGUAUGAUAAGGAAUUGCUCAAUGUGACCCCAGAGGAUUGGGAUUUCUGUUGCAAAGGUUUGGCAUUGGAUCUAGAAGAUGGGAACUUCCUUAAACUUGCAAAUAAUGGCACUGUUCUCAGGGCAAGCCAUGGCACGAAGAUGAUGACUGCAGAGGUGCUGGCAGAGGCAUAUGGCAAGAAAGAGUGGAAGCACUUCUUGUCGGACACUGGAAUGGCUUGCCGCUCAGGAAAGUAUUACUUUUACGACAACUACUUCGACCUGCCAGGAGCUCUUCUGUGUGCCAGGGUGGUGGACUAUUUAACAAAAAACAAUGGUCAAAAAACAUUUGAUUUUUGGAAGGAUAUAGUUGCUGCUAUACAACACAAUUAUAAAAUGUCAGCUUUUAAGGGCAAUGAUAUGAAUAGUCUUGUGGGACUAAGUUUUGAUAAACUGAAGUAUUGUUUCCUUACCUUCUCUGCGGAUUUUAUUGAAGAUACAUGUACAGAAAUGCAAUUUGGCAAAAUAAGCAUCAAAAGGAAAAAAAACUGUGGAAUAUAUUUUCCAGAAAUAAAAAGAGAUCCAGGCAGAUAUUUACACAGUUGUCCUGAAUCUGUGAAAAAAUGGCUUCGACAGCUAAAGAAUGCUGGGAAAAUUCUUCUGUUAAUUACCAGUUCUCACAGUGAUUACUGUAGACUUCUCUGCGAAUAUAUCCUUGGGAAUGAUUUUACAGACCUUUUUGACAUUGUGAUUACAAAUGCAUUGAAGCCUGGUUUCUUCUCCCACUUACCAAGUCAGAGACCUUUCCGGACACUCGAGAAUGAUGAGGAGCAGGAGGCACUGCCAUCUCUGGAUAAACCUGGCUGGUACUCCCAGGGGAACGCUGUCCACCUCUAUGAACUUCUGAAGAAAAUGACUGGCAAACCUGAACCCAAGGUUGUUUAUUUUGGUGACAGCAUGCAUUCAGAUAUUUUCCCAGCUCGUCACUACAGUAAUUGGGAAACAGUCCUCAUCCUAGAAGAACUCAGAGGGGAUGAAGGCGCGAGGAGUCAGAGGCCUGAGGAGUCAGAGCCUCUAGAGAAGAAAGGAAAAUAUGAAGGACCAAAAGCAAAGCCUUUAAAUACUUCAUCUAGAAAAUGGGGCUCUUUUUUUAUUGAUUCAGUUUUGGGACUGGAAAAUACAGAAGACUCCUUGGUUUAUACAUGGUCUUGUAAGAGAAUCAGUACUUACAGCACUAUUGCAAUUCCAAGUAUUGAAGCAAUCGCAGAAUUACCUCUGGACUACAAAUUUACAAGAUUCUCUUCAAGCAAUUCAAAAACAGCUGGCUACUAUCCAGAUCCUCCACUGGUCUUAUCAAGUGAUGAGACACUGAUAUCCAAAUAAGUUGUCUUUACUGAAAAAUGAAGUGAAGACCCAUAUAUGCAGUUAAAAAAAAAAAAAAAAGUUAAUUUUCAAAAAAUACUGUAAAAGACUUUAAGGAACGAGUUUUAUUGACCAAUAAGUUGAUAUUUGUCCAUAGGUCUCCUUUCUAUAAAUCAUCUUGAUGUUUAACAACUCUUAUUAUAUUAAAAUCUCAGUAUCCUGAAA